AUGAGGCAGAUGUUGCUGGAGCAGGCCAAUCACCCGGAUCGGCUUGGCAUAGCUCGGAUGCCUCUGCGCAAUUGCACGCAGGAGCGUGGUAUCGUCAAUCACUCCAUGCGCCAUCGCGGCUUCCUCGUCCAGACAGCGUUGAAUUGCUUGGAGCUGUCGUUGAAAAAAAGCAAUGCCAGCCUGACGUGUCCGAUCGUACAACCGGGCUGCCGUGGAUUUUGCGAUCGCACAACCACCGUCCUCUCUCAACCGAGCCGUGCGUCGGGCACGCCGCCCGUGCUUGUUGCCGCCUUUGGACAAUGA